GAGCACUCAUAUUAUCAUUAUACAUCAAGGGAAAUUUGAUCAGUUCAGAGAUAAUCAUGGCUGCUGGAUGCAACACAUUGCUGUUCACUUUCGUCUUUCUGCUUUUGGCAGGCACGGAAUGUCUUGCACAACUCCAUGGUUCGCUCACUCCAGGUAACAACUUCCAACUGGGUGGAACUCAACGUAUCGCCGGCAACAAUCAUGAGAACAUGGAGGCUUCCUUAGGUCUGGGCGGUAACACCAACGGAGUUCAGGGCAAUUGGAAUUUGGACUACAACAAAGGAAGAAAUAGCGCCGGAAUUUUCGGUUCCCACUCACUUCCCGGUCCCGACAACACCGUUGGCGCCCGAGGUAACCUGAACCUGUUCAGCGGCCAAAAGGAUCGAUUUGACGUGAGUGCAUUCGGUAGUCAGUCAACGAACAACGUCAAACAAUUCGGAACAGGACUUCACUUCAACGAGCAUAGUUUUUCCGCUACGAGAACAAAUCAGCCGGGCGCUGGAUCGCAAACCCGUCUGGACGGAAGUGCAAACCUGUUCAAAACCCCGUCGAACCGGUUGGAUCUGAAUGCAUUCAAAAGCCGAACUCAACCGGUUGGAAGUCCAUCGUUUGGAAGUCACGGAGCAGGACUGAACUGGAACAACGCCAACGGACAUGGGGCAUCGGCAGGAUUCGACAGGACUCCGGCGAUUAAGGAGACAAACUUGUAUGCUCGCGGCAGAGCCAAUCUGUGGCAAUCGAAGAACCGGCAAACUUCGCUGGACGCGUUUGGAUCGGCUAGUAGAACCGUUUCGGGUCCAAGAAGAGGCAACACAAACUAUAACGCCGGGUUUGGACUGAGUCAUCGCUUCUAGAAAAUUAGAUUUGUGUUUUUUUUAAUUCACUGAAUUUCAAAGACAACUUCUCUACCGGCAGCAUUAAUUUUUAUCACAAAAAAUAAUUAAAUCGUAAUAACUUUAUUGUAAUAUCGAAAUGUUUCACUAGUUUUC